AUGAUGAAGCUGUUUAUUGGCAACCUGCCCCGGGAGGCCACAGAGCAAGAGAUCCGCUCACUCUUUGAGCAGUAUUGGAAGGUGCUGCGAUGUGACAUCAUUAAGAACUGUGGCUUUGUGCACAUAGAGGACAAGACAGUGGCAGAGAAUGCCAUCUGGAGCCUGCACAACUGUAAGUUGCACGGAAUGAACGUCAAUGUGGAAUCCAGCAAGAACAAGAACAAAGCUUUAACAGAGUUACAUGUGGGUGACAUCAGCCCCACCUGUACCAACCAAGAGUCUCGGGCCACAUAUGAGACGUAUGGGAUAGUCAUCGAAUGUGAUAUCAUGAAAGAUUAUGCCUUUGUACACAUGGAGCAGGCAGAAGAUGCUGUGGAGGCCAUCAGGGGCCUUGAUAACGCUGAGUUUCAAGAUGGGAUGUGCGUGGGCUGA